UCCACUCCACUCACUGCUCCGUAGCUCAAAGAUCAGAAAAGACGACAAAUUACUAUUCUAAACAUGUGUUUGUUUAGUGGUUAUUUUCACUCCGCUAUUCGUUCAUUGUGUUAAUUUUUCUGUACCCUAAUAAACUAGGCCUAGAUCGGGGAUAUUUCUUCAACCUAACAGGUGCUUUUGUUUUACAUUGAUAAAGUUAAGUUCAACCUGAUUCUAUUUUUACCUUUCUGUAUUAUUUAAGUCACAUAGGCUAGGCUAGUAAUAGGCCUAGGCAAUUAAUACUCAAACACUUGUGUGAAAUUCCUAGGUCAAGUAUGGCUGUCCGUUUCUCUGGAAGUAUUUGUCGUUCUGGAGGUAUUACAAGUGCCAUUGCAAAAGAAACAAGAAAACUUUCCUUAAAACCUGUUAAACGUAUUGUCUUUCAGUUUGACCCCUUUGUUGAAGAGUCCAAGCACACAAGAGAAUUUAUGUACUACCUUCAAUCCAAGAAAGUUAUCAAGACAAAUCCCAAUUGUGUGGUGAAAUCAAACGUCUUAUGUGACAGAGGAGAUCCCUCCAUAGCAUUCAACUUAGAAAAUGGUUCCUCAGUGCUGUUCAAAGCCAAGCAUUUAUCAACAUUGGAAAUGUUCAGACUCUACAACAAACACAUAACAACUCUGUUGCCGAAAGAGGUUCCGACAACUAUCCUUAAAACAAAGUCUGAGAAGGCAAAGAAGCGAUAA